GUCGUUCGGGGCGGCCGAUUCCACGGCGACCCGGCUCCGUCGAGGCCUCGUCGCCAAGGCCCGGGAGGAGAAGGGAGCCGGGAGCGUGGCCUUCCAAACGUUCGCAGGCCAAGGCAGGGAAGGAAUCCCAGGCAGGAAAACCCACUUCGGCCUUCGCUCCUGGUGUUUUGGACUCUUCCCCAACCCGUAGGCAGGCUGCUAGGCAUUGUGGGAGUUGGAGUCCCAAACAUACUAUACUAUAUACACAUAUAAUACACAUACACAUAUAAUGAUGAUAAUCCGAUGCAAUACAAUUUAAUAAUUACAUUAAAUUACAUUAAUGCAAUUUCGUAUAGUACAAUAUAAUCUGUUUAUAUUGUGCUGUACUAAUAUAAUGUACAUACAUAAUAUAAUAUUCUGAUGUAAUACAAUUUAAUAGUAAUAAUACACUAUUAUAAUUGUAUAUAUUAGAUGUAAUGUUACUAUAACAUUGCAAUAUAGUCCUAUAGUACAAUAUAAUAUUCAAUGCUUAUAUUGUGCUGUAUUGAUAUAAUAUAUUGUAUAUACAUAUAAUAUUGAUAAUAUUCUGAUGUUACAAUGUAAUAAUACACUUAUAAUUGUAUAUAUUGCAUGUAAUGUUACUAAUAUUGCAAUAUAGUCAUAGAGUACAAUAUAAUAAUAUAUAAUGCUUAUAUUGUGCUGUACUAAUAUUAUAAUAUACAUAUAAUAUUGAUAAUAUUCCGAUGUAUUACAAUAUAAUAAUACUAUUAUAAUGAUAUAUUUAUAUUACAUGUAAUGUUACUAAUAAUAUUGCAAUAUAGUCCUAUAGUACAAUAUAAUAAUAUAUAAUGCUUGUAUUGUGCUGUACUAAUAAUAUAAUAUAUUGUAUGUACAGUAGAGUCUCACUUAUCCAACAUAAACGGGCCGGCAGAACGUUGGAUAAUCGAAUAUGUUGGAAAGAUUAAGGAAAAGCCUAUUAAACAUCAAAAUAGGUUAUGAUUUUACAAAUUAAGCACCAAGACAUGUUAUAGGUGGGAAGGCACCAUCUGAUCCCUCCUGAGAGAUGGCCAUUCAUCCUCACUGUUAGUUCUAUGGCGAAGUAAGGCUUUAGAGGCAUAGAAUCUUACAUUUGGAAGGGAUCCUGGAGGCCAUCUAGUCCAACCCCAGUCUGCCAAGCUGGAAGGACACCAUCAAAGCCCUCCCGACAGGUGAACAUCAAGCCUGUCAUAGAAUUUUAGAGUUUGAAGGGGCCCCGAAGCCCAUCGAGUCCAACCCCAGUCUGCCUGACUGGAAGGAUACUAUUAAAGCCCUCCUGACAGAAGGCCAUCCAAAAAGCACUCUCUCCUGACGUUUCGCCCACAUUACUGACAGGCAUCCUCAGAGGUCGUGAGGUCUGUUGGAAACCAGGCAAGAGGGGUUUAUUAUCUAUCUGUGGGAUGAUGUCCAGGGUGGGAGGAAGAAAGAACUCGUGCAUGUUGGAGGCAAGCGUGAAGCAUUCUCUCCUCAUGUUUCGCCCACAACCAUGGAAGACCGCCUCGGAGGUCCAAUAGUAUUACGGUAGAGUCUCACUUAUCAAACAUAAAUGGCUGGCAGAAUGUUGGAUAAGCGAAUAUGUUGGAUAAUAAGGAGGGAUUGAGGAAAAGCCUAUUAAACAUCAAAUUACAUUAUGAUUUUACAAAUUAAGCACCAAAUCAUCACAUUAUACAACAAAUUUGACAGAAAAAUUACUUCAAUAUGCAGUAAUACUAUGUAGUAAUGACUGUAUUUACGAAUUUAGCACCAAAACAUCACAAUGUAUUGAAAACAUUAACUACUAAAAGGUCGAGUGCGUUGGAUAAUCCAGAAUGUUGGAUAAGCAAAUGUUGGAAAAGUGAGACUCUACUGUAUUCUGCGCCCAGGCUGGUCCAUCCAAUGCUCCGCUAUGUUCCUUUUCUGCAUUGCAGGGGCGCUCUUUACUUUUCAUACCUCUAUGUUGCUUUUCUGCAUUGCAGGGGCGCUCUUUACUUUUCAUACCUCUAGGUUGUCUUUCUGCCUUGCAGGGGCGCUCUUUACUUUUCAUACCUCUAUGUUCCAUUUCUGCAUUGCAGGGGCGCUCUUUACUUUUCAUACUUCUAUGUUCCACUCCUGCAUUGCAGGGGCGCUCUUUGCUUUUCAUACUUCUAUGUUCCAUUUCUGCAUUGCAGCGGCUCUCUUUGCUUUUCAUACUUCUAUGUUCCAUUUCUGCAUUGCAGGGGCUCUCUUUCCUUUUCAUACCGCUAGGUUCCAUUUCAUCAAAGCAGGGGCGCUCCUUGCUUUUCAUACCUCUAUGUUCCAUUUCUUCAAAGCAGGGGCGCUCUUUACUUUUCAUAUCUCUAUGUUGCUUUUCUGCAUUGCAGAGGUGCUCUACACUUUUCAUACUUCUAUGUUCCAUUUCUGCAUUACAGGGGUGCUCUUUGCUUUUCAUACCUCUAUGUUGCUUUUCUGCAUUGCAGGGGCUCUCUUUCCUUUUCAUACCUCUAGGUUCCAUUUCUGCAUUGCAGUGGCGCUCUUUACUUUUCAUAUCUCUAUGUUGCUUUUCUGCAUUACAGAGGUGCUCUUUGCUUUUCAUACUUCUAUGUUCCAUUUCUGCAUUACAGGGGCGCUCUUUGCUUUUCAUACCUCUAUGUUGCUUUUCUGCAUUGCAGGGGCUCUCUUUCCUUUUCAUACCUCUAUGUUCAAUUUCUGCAUUGCAGGGGCGCUCUUUGCUUUUCAUACUUCUAUGUUCCAUUUCUGCAUUGCAGGGGCUCUCUUUGCUUUUCAUACUUCUAUGUUCCAUUUCUGCAUUGCAGGGGCUCUCUUUCCUUUUCAUACCUCUAGGUUCCAUUUCUGCAUUGCAGGGGCGCUCCUUGCUUUUCAUACCUCUAUGUUCCUUUUCCGCAUUGCGGGGGCGCUCUUUGCUUUUCGUACCUCUAUGUUCCAUUUCCGCAUUGCAGGAGCGCUCUUUACUUUUCAUACCUCUAGGUUCCUUUUCUGCAUUGCGGGGCACUCUUUGCUUUUCAUACUUCUAUGUUCCAUUUCCGCAUUGCGGGGGCGCUCUUUUCAUUUCAUACCUCUAUGUUCCUCCUAUCCCGCCUUUUCCCCCCUCCGCCUCCGCUCUCUUCUCCCAUUGGUUGUUGCUUGGGAGGUCCCGCCCCUUUCCCCUUCCUUCGCUCCCUCAUUGGUCGAAGCGCGUCCUGGCAGAUAUGUAGUGCGGGGGCGUUUCCCAUCGUAGCCGCAAUAAUACAAAAUAAAUAAUUAUAUAAUAUCAGAGAUAUAUAGUCUUCGAGCUUAUUAAUAAUCGUUUCGUAUUAUUAUGUUUUUUUGAAUAUGAGGUCCAUGGAUGUGUCAGGGUUGGCGACGGAAGGGACGGGUUGCGUGAUGGACCUGCCGGGACUUGGGGGCGGGGCAAGGGGCGUGGCCUGGCGCGUGAGAGCCGGGGAAGGGAACAGCCAAGAUGGCGGCCGGGCAAGGAUGGUAAUCGCAAAACAAUGGAAAAGUGAGAAAGCCCCAUCGAAAGAUGCCUGGCUGACCAAAUUGACUGAAAUAAAGGAUAUGGACAAACUUACCUUCUUAAUGAGAAAGAGCAACGGAAGAGCUAUAAGAGCCACGGACUGGUCAAACUUUGAAGACUACCUUGUUACUUCAGAGAAUGGAACCAGCAAGGAAUUUCUUUAUCGAACCUUUACCUCAGAAAAGCCUUGUGAAAUAGAAAGAAGAAAAUGCCAAUUUUAUUUAUUAAGAGAUUGUCACCUCAGACUUUACCUCAGAAAUGGCCAAGCCUUGUGAAACGGAAGGGAGAAACAAAGGCAAAACUUUUGAAAAUUAGCACAGCUUUUUCUGAAGGGACCAGGAAUUUCUUUAUCGAACCUUUACCUCAGAAAAGCCUUGUGAAAUAGAAAGAAGAAAAUGCCAAUUUUAUUUAUUAAGAGAUUGUCACCUCAGACUUUACCUCAGAAAUGGCCAAGCCUUGUGAAACGGAAGGGAGAAACAAAGGCAAAACUUUUGAAAAUUAGCACAGCUUUUUUUGAAGGGACCAGCGCUGAAUUCAAGUCAAAGGGAAGAAAGGGAAGAAACAAAAGGUCGAAGAGACAGAAGACAGAAGAUGCUUGAAGACACUCUCGCAAGGACACCGCCCGCCCCCCAAAAAAGGUCAUUGUCAGGGUAAUGGGUGUAAGGCUAGGCAUUUAAUGUCUAUCUUUGCAAUAAAAAACAGGCUACCUGUGUGCUAGGCUUUUGCAUGAAUAACACGGUUCCCCUCGUGUGUGGCAUCGAAGUUUCCCACUCGGGAACGGACGGGUCCUCCCUUUGUUCUAGGCAGAUGAUGGGGGUUUUCCUAUACAAGCCGUAGGGGCCACAGCUUGGGGGGCAGCGGGGGGCCCGGCCCUGGCACCGCGGGGAGCAGCACACGUUACGGGCAUUUUAAAAGCUCCCUUAAACUUAGACAGUGGCUAGAAAUAAAAAUAUUAAUACCUUAACUCACCUACUAACCCUACUAACACCAUUCUAACUAGGGCAGCCUGGCCUUUUAAAUAGGACUGUGUUUUGCCUGCUGGCAAGAACCAAGCUGGGAGGGAAGGGGGCCUCCUGGCCCCCCAUAGAAGGGCUCCCCUAGAAGGACAUUCAAAAUGCCCGCAAGGUGUCCUGAGAGCAGCCCCUGGGGCCCUCAGUGUGCCCCCCACGGUGCCAGGGCUGGGCCCCCCGCUCUCCCCCAACCCAUGGCCCCUGCCGCCUGUAUAUCGUCCGUCCAGGGCCAACGGACGCCCCCUCCCUCCCCGGGCGGAGCUUCGGCGCCACACACAAGGGGAGGCCAGCCGUGGCCGCCAGAACAUGGCCAACCUGGUUUUUGACUGCAAACAUAGGCAUGUAGGGACCCCCUUUUAUUUAUGUAAGGCCACCCACCCAGGGGACCUCUGUUCCUAAUUAAAGCCUGGUUAAAGGGGAUCCUCUAUUCUUAAAGUAAGGCCUAUAGAGAUCUCCUAUCCAGAAACUAAGGCGGCUUGGCCUAUAGAGAUCCCCUUUUGUUAAACUAAGGUGGCCUGGCCUAUAGAGAUCUCUUGUUGUUAAACUAAGGUGGCCUGGCCUAUAGGGAUCUCCUUUUGUUAAACUAAGGUGGCCUGGCCUAUAGAGAUCUCUUGUUGUUAAACUAAGGUGGCCUGGCCUAUAGGGAUCUCCUUUUGUUAAACUAAGGUGGCCUGGCCUAUAGAGAUCUCUUGUUGUUAAACUAAGGUGGCCUGGCCUAUAGGGAUCUCUUGUUGUUAAACUAAGGUGGCCUGGCCUAUAGAGAUCUCCUUUUGUUAAACUAAGGUGGCCUGGCCUAUAGGGAUCUCUUGUAGUUAAACUAAGGUGGCCUGGCCUAUAGGGAUCUCCUUUUGUUAAACUAAGCUGCCCUGGCCUAUAGAGAUCUCCUAUUCUUUAAGGUAACGCCAGGCGAUGUGGAGAUCCCUGGUUCUUUUAACCCUUAAGGCCAACCGUGGGGAGAUCCCUGGUUCUUUUAACCCUUAAGGCCAACCGUAGGGAGAUCCCUGGUUCUUUUAACCCUUAAGGCCAACCGUGGGGAGAUCCCUGGUUCUUUUAACCCUUAAGGCCUGCCUGGGGAGAUAUCAUAUUCUUUCUUCAUGAAAAGUCAGGUAUAGACCUUCUCUUUUCUCUCCCGUUUCAUGUGCCUGGACUCCCGGAGGGCUCCUGCCGGACACCGUCUCCCAUCGGCCGAGAGGGAUCCUUCCUGUUUGGAAAGCAUCUGCUACACAGGUAAAAAGAAGAUUCCGGGAAGGAGAUUCCUACAGCGGAGCCCUAAAGCCAGGUGAGACGUUCCUUCCAACCUCCACGGCUGCUUUGCACACACACACAUGACACACACACGCAUAUACAGCUGGGGGCCCUCAGGGACUCUCCCCCCAAUAGAUCGGGGACUCCCACUCCGGCAAUUGGCCAUUGUAAAUGCCUUGAAGCAGUUUGGGGCUUCCGGCCAAGCGCUCGCAAAGAGAACCCAUUCAAGGUAUACGUGGAGCCCCUUUUAUUUAUUAUUUAUUUACAGCAUUUCUAUUCCGCCCUUCUUUCUCACCCCAAAGGGGACUCAGGGCGGAUCACAUUACACAUAUAGGCAAACAUUCAGUGCCUUUUAACAUAGAACAAAGACAAACAAACAUAAGCUCCGAGCGGGUCUCGAACUCAUGACCUCCUGGUCAGAGUGAUUCCUUGCAGUUAUAAUUGCAGCUGGCUUGCUCUCCCGCCUGCGCCACAGCCCGGGCCAACCUUGAUAAAAAGGGCCUGGCACGUGGAAAACUCUAUUUGUAAGGCAAACCCUCGUUAAAGGAGGUUUGCAAUUAAUUUAAAACCAGGCUUCUGAGGGACCCGCUGCGUUUAAAGCCAAACCUAGCAGGUGGGAACCUCUCUUGUUGGAUAAAGGAGAUCCCCUCUGGUUAACGUAAGGGGAGGGACCCUCCAUUUUUAAUAGGAUGCCUGGCAGAAUCUUAACCUCAGUGCAGGCCUAUGGGGUCCAGCCUUAUUCUCAAUGACUGCAUAGCCAGGCAUGAAGGGACCCCAUAUUAUUAAUUUGAAGCCUGGUAAAAAGAGAUUUAUGUAUUUAUUUAUUUACUACAUUUAUACCCCGCCCUCUUUUCCCUUAAAGGGGACUCAGAGCGGCUUACAAGUUAUAUUUACAUACACUAUCUCAUUAGCAUAGCACAAUAUUAGCAUUAUAUAUUACUACAUUGCACUAUACCACUAUAUAGAAAUAUUGUUAGCAAUAUUACAUUUAAAAUAUAAUAUGUAAUUAAUAUUAUUGUAUCAUUGUUAGUAUUAUAUUGCUUUAUUUAUUUAUUUAUUUAUUUAUUAGAUUUAUAUGCUGCCCUUCUCACCCCGAAGGGGACUCAGAACGGCUUAAAAAUUAAAUUUACAUACAAUAUUAUAUUAUUAGCAUAGUACAAUACUGGCAAUAAAUUACUAUAUUGUACUAUAUCAAUAUAUGGUAGUAUUAUUAGUAAUAUUACAUGCAAAAUAUAAUAUAUAAUUAAUAUUAUAUUGUAUUAUUAGUAUAUCGUAUUACAAUAUAAUAUUAUGAAUAUAUGUAUAUACAAUAUGUUGUAAUUAUUAUAUAUUAAAUUAUAUAUAUAUAUAUAUACACACACACACACACACACACACACACACACAGUAGAGUCUCAUUUAUCCAACAUAAACGGGCCAGCAGAAUGUUGGAUAAGCGAAUAUGUUGGAUAAUAAGGAGGGAUUAAGGAAAAGCCUAUUAAACAUCAAAUUCGUUUAUGAUUUUACAAAUUAAGCACCAAAUCAUCAUGUUAUACAACAAAUUUGACAGAAAAAGUAGUUCAAUAUGCAGUAAUGCUAUGUAGUAAUUACUGUAUUUAUGAAUUUAGUACCAAAAUAUCAUGAUGUCUUGAAAACAUUGUCUACAAAAAUGCGUUGGAUAAUCCAGAAUGUUGGAUAAGCGAGUGUUGGAUAAGUGAGACUCUACUGUAUAUAAAAAUUAGAAUAGCAUGUUAUUAGGGGAGGAGCAUCUUAAUUAUUAGAUGUCAGUAUUAGUCAUUACAUGUUAAUAUUAGUUAUUCAUAUUAGUAUCAAUAUUACAUUAAUAUACAAUAGAGCAGGGGUCCCCAAACUAAGGCCCGUGUGCGGGAUGCGGCCCAUUGAAGCCAUUUAUCCGGCCCCCACAGCACAACCCUUAUUAUUAUUAUUAUUAUUAUUAUUAUUAUUAUUAUUAUUAUUAGCAUUGAGGCUGGGUGGCCAUCUGUCAGGGGUGCUUUGCUUGUGCUUUCGGUGCACAAAGGCAGAAAGGGAUUGGACUCAAUGGCCAACCCUUCCAACCCUCAUAAUUAUUAUUAUUAUUAUUAUUAUUAUUAUUAAUUAUUAUUAUUGCUUGGUGGCCAACUAUAGUCUGGCCCUGCAAUGGUCUGAAGGAUCGUGAACUGGCUCCCCUGGGGACCCCUGCAAUAGAGUAUAUUAUUAUCCUAGCACAAUGUUAUUAUGUUAUAUAGUAGUAUGUAUGUUAAUAUUAUUUAUUCAUAUUAGUAUCAAUAUGACAUUAAUAUACGAUAGAGUAUAUUAUUAUCCUAGCACAAUAUUAAUAUGUUAUAUAGUAGUAUGUUGUUGCUAGGGGGAGGGGCCCCCCACUGAUGGAGAGGGCCCCCCCACUGAGAUCCCCUGUCAUUAAUGUUAGACCAGGCAUUUAACGCCUACCUUUGCACUAAAGAGCAGGCUCCUAGGCCUUUGCAUUCAAGAGCAGUGCGCUAGGCCUUUGCGCAAGGAACACCACCCACGGCUCCCCUUGUGCGUGGCGUUGAGGCCCCACUCGGUGACGGACGGGUCCUCCCUUUGCCCUGGGCAGGUCGUGGGGGGGGGGUCUCCCUGGAUGUGCAGGGGGUCACGGCUGGGGGGAGAGCGGGGGCCCGGCCUUGGCACCCCCCUGGGGACCCGAGGGGCCGCUCUCAGCCCACGUCACGGGCAUUUUAAAACGUCCCCGGGAUGUAGUAGCUCAGAUUAAUCCCUGCACUAACCGCUAACCCUACUAACCCAGUUCUAACGAGGGCAGGCUAGGCUUUUAAAUAGGACUGUUUUUGCCUGUUGGCAAGAACCAAGUGGGAGGGGGCCUCCGGGCCUCCCGUGGGAAGAAGGGCUCCGCCCCCCCGGCCCCUGCCCUGUGCUGGGAGCCCCCCGCCCGGGCCCCCAGAGGCCUCCCUGUGGUACCGGGCUUGGCCCCCGCUCUGCCCCCAUCCGACGGCAUAGGAAAGCCCCCCACCAUCUGCCCAGGGCCAACGGACGGCCCUCCCUCCCAGGGGCAGCCGCGUUCCUCACGCAAAGGUCUGGCGCACGGGAGCCUGUUUCUGAAUGCAAACGUGGGGCCCAGGACCCCCCCCCCCCUUGUCUCCGUGCAGGGCCACCCCCCCAGGGACCCCCACAAAUGCCUGGUGACAGGGGAUCCUCUCCUCUUAGCAGGAGGAAAAGCCACGUGCGUAAAGCGGUGGCUUUGCUCCCGUCGUUCCCAAGAGCCCCCCAAAAGCGAGAUGCUCCCCUUGGUUCAGCCCUCCUGACCCCUCUUUUCUCCCUUGUUCCAUGUCUCCAAAAUCCCCGAGGGAGGGGCUCCUCCUGGACAAGAGCCAAGGACGGACGGACGGAUGGACGGAGAUCCCAGAGAGAGAGCGGAGAGCAGGACGCCUUGCCUUUUCGGAGCUGCUGAGGUCGACCCCUUUCCAAUGAUGUCAGCUUUCAAGAAUAAAACUCUUCCCAAAAAAGUGUGUUCUGGUUAUUAUUCAAAGGCACAACGUUAAAUAUUUGACAGCAUUAAACAUCUAGAUUACAGGACAGUUUAUGUUACUGCAUUUUAUACACCUGACCUUGUUUUUACAAAUAAAGUACCUGUAUAAUUUUUGCCUCUAUAUAUAUAUUGUACUAUGCUCAGACUCAUUGUUCUGAUAUGCUGUUAUAUGGUUUAAUUGUUUAUAUUGUUUAUAUUUUUAAUGUAUGACUGUUUAUUACAUGUGACAUUGGGCUUGUUUCCCAUGUGAGCCACCCCGAGUCCUCCUGGGGGAGAUGGGAGCGGGAAUAUAAAAAUAAAGUAUUUAUUAUUAUUAUUAUUAUUAUUAUUUAUAAUAUUUAUUAUAUAUAAUUUUCUUGCACCCCAAGUACCUCUGGCAAGUGCCAAAGAGUAUUUAACUCUGCCUACAUGGCACUAAAGUGUAUUUAUAUGUUGAUUGUUCCUAUUGAUUUUAUGUUAUGUUUUUUUUUUGCUUUGUAUAAUAAGGCAUUGAAUUUUUGCCUUAAUAAUAAUAAUUUUAUGAAUGUUUUAAUGUCACUGAAUUUUAAAUUGAAUUGAAAUGUCAUUGUAAUUGUUUAUAUGUGUAUUUUCUAUUUGUAAGCCACCCUGAGUCUCCCCUUAUUGGGUGAGAAGGUUUGGGAAGAAAUACUGUCAUAAAUAAAUAAAUAUUCUGUGUCCA